AUUCCAUGUGAGAAUGCCAGAUUGAAAAGCACGUGUCUCCCACCUCAUACCUCUCUUCAGUCUUCUACAUACAUCUCUCUCUCUCUCUCUCUCUCUCGCUCGCUCUGUACAAGACCAUCUCUAAUUAGAUCCGUCAUUCAGCUCUGCUCUGCAAUAAUAACAAAAGCUCACUCCGACGCUCAAUCCAUCCCUUCCGUGGUUAAUUCAUAUCAGUCAGCCCAAUUUCCACUAACUUAGCAAAUGGCUAGUUCUUCCACAAGAACUGAAUCUCCGGUUCACUCCCAUAAGCAUAUGAAGAGAACAGAAUCAAGAAAGUCUCAUUCCUGGUGGUGGGAUAGUUACGUUAGUCCAAAAAACUCCAAGUGGCUUGCAGAGAAUAUCGAGGAUAUGGACCAGAGCAUCAAACGCAUGUUGAAGCUUAUUGAAGAGGAUGGAGAUUCAUUUGCCAAAAAGGCUGAGAUGUAUUAUCAAAAGAGGCCUGAAUUGGUCUCUCAUGUUGAGAAGUUCUACCGCAUGUACCGGUCACUGGCUGAGCGUUACGAUCAUGUCACAGGAGAAUUACGGAAGAAUGUUCCCUCAGAGCUCCAAUCCCCACGCUCAGGCAUUUCCGACCCUGGUUUGGAACUGCCCUCUACUCCUGAUCAUAGGUUGGGUCAUCGUAAAUCUGGCCACCGAGCUGCUGGUUUUGAUGUCUUCCUUGGCUCUGGUGGAAACAGCUCUGAUGUUUCCCAGAAAGAGGGAGAUGAAUCAUCCACAUUGACGGAUUCUGAGUCAGAGUCUGAUGAUUCUUCGGUCAACAAUUACUCAGUUCUAUUAGGGAACGGUGGUGAUAUUGGGCUGAACAGGAAGAUGAUUGACUUGGAGAUUGAGCUCCGCGAAGUGAAAGAGAAGCUCCGGAUGCAACAGGAGGAGAAUUCAGAUGGUUCAUUGAGGGGAUCGAAAAACGAACUUCCUGAGGAUCUCCUUGCUAUAAUUGCACGGUAUGAACAAGAGCUGAGGAUUGCAAAUGAUAAGAUUCGCAUUUCAGAAGAUGCGAUCACUAGGCUUAAGAUUGAGAUCCAAAGAUAUAAGUCAUUGGAAUUCGGUAAUGAUUUCCAGUAUGAGCUGGGAUCAUCAACACAGGAAGAUGUCAAGACACGAGAGGUUGAGCUGGACUUAGAGAUUAAUCAGGCAUUGGAGGUUCAAGAAAGGGUUGGUGAGUCAGAAUCAGAAGUUCUAGACUGGGAUGGCAAGAUUAAAGCACUGGUGGAAGAGCUGAGAAUGAACAAAGAAAAGCUUCAGGACUCGGAGAACGAAAUUGCUUGUUUGAAGCAUGAACUUGAGAACAACAGUAAAUCCUCUGAAAAUGCCAGCCGUUCUCAGGCUCAGCUUGAACUGGCUCAUAAAGAAAUUGCUACUUGGAAAACAAAACUCAACACUGAGAAAAGAGAGGUCUCUAAACUGCAGGAAAGAAUUGCAAGGUUGAAAGCUAGUUUAUCAGACCGGGAUCAUGAGGUCAGGGAUUUGAAAAUAGAAGUAUCGGAUGCUGAGCAGAAGAUAUUUCCUGAAAAAGCACAGUUAAAGUCUGAAAUGUCUAAAUUGUUGGAGGAACGGACUCGUCUGGAGGAGCAGCUCAGAGAAUGGGAAUGUCGUGCUCGUUUGCUGGAGGAGGAGAUCAGAAAGGUCAAGGCUGAAAAGACAUAUAUAGAGGAGAGACUUACGGGUGAAAUUGAGCACUUGAAGGCAGACAUUGUUGAUAGAGGGGAUCGUAUAGAAAAUUUGAAUAAAAGUCUUGAUGCUUUAAAAGUAGAUAGAGAUGAACUCAAUGCAAAAGUUCUCACCCUCACAGCAGAGGUGAGUCAUAGGGAUGAUCGGAUUGACCAAAUGGAUAAGCAUUUGCAGCAAUUCCAUGUCGAACAGGCGGAGCUGAUCACUGAAAUGGAAGGCGCGCGUAAAUUUGUGGGGGAGCUGAGAUCAAGAGCCAAAGAACUGGAGGAGGAAGUUGAGAGGCAAAGAGUCGUAAUCUUCGAAGGAGCAGAAGAGAAACGAGAGGCUAUAAGGCAGCUGUGUUUUUCUCUUGAGCAUUAUAGGAAUGGGUAUCAUAUGCUUCGCCAAGCUUUCAUAGGGCACAAGCGAGUUCCAGUUUUGGCAUCGUAAGUUAAAUAUGUAAUGUUGUAUGAGUGCUACAAGGAUACUAUCGUUUUUAUUAAGUCCUUUAUAAAUUGACGUGAUUGUCCAUUAUUAGUGAAAUGAUUAUGGACGGACUAUCACGUCAAUUUGUUAGGAAAUUAUAGUAAAAACUAUAUUAUUCCGAGCAUUUUCCCAUGUUGUAUAUAUCCGCAUUGGUUCUGGGUCUGGAAGUACCCAGGCCUUAUUAUGGACCAUGAGCUUCAUGGUUCUAAUAGUUCUUCGAUCAGUUUGUGUCCUAUACAUGUAAUGCAGGAGUUCCCCAUUUUUUGGGACCAUUCGAGUGGCUGAAAAAUCCACCGGCGAUUGUGGAUUUGGGCAGAAUUUGAGUGUCGUCGUUUAGUUUGAAUUCAAGUUUUGUUCUGAAUGACAUGAGGUUGAGUUGGAAUGUCUUUCGAUUUGUAUACUUUUUUCUUCCACUUUAUUAAGAUAUAUAAUAUAAAGAAAUUCACUGUAA